AUGUCCAGUCCUCUGGAACAGGCACUGCUCACCCUGGUCUCCACCUUCCACAAGUACUCUGGCCAAGAAGGAGACAAGUUCAAGCUGAGCAAGGGAGAGUUGAAAGAACUUCUGCGCAAGGAGCUGCCCAGCUUUGUGGGGGAGAAAGUGGACGAGGAGGGGCUGAAGAAGCUGAUGAGCAGCCUUGAUGACAACAGUGACCAGGAGGUGGACUUUAAGGAGUACGCUAUUUUUCUGGCCAUUGUCACUGUCAUGUGCAAUGACUUCUUCCAGGGAUCCCCAGAACGUCCCUGAAGCAGAGCUCUCCAUUUCCUGCCACAGAUCCUCUGAGCCUGAGAAGGGGAGAGGUGUCUCUAUUCCUUCUAAUUUACUAUUUAAUAAACGUUUCAACCUCUUCUGCACAUUGACUCUCCUGGAAUCUCCCUGAG